AGGGUGCCGGCGCUGCUCCCGCUGCUACUGCGCUGAAUAAGCCCUGGAUGCUCCAGACGCCUCUUGCGCAUCUACAGCAUCCGAGCCUUUAAAACGCCCCCCCCCGCGUUUUUUUUUCUUUUUGCACCGGGCGGGAGGCACAAGCCCGGAGGUUUAGGGCUGGGGGGUUUGCAAACCUUGCAGCCUUGCUGUUGUUGGAGGAAAGGGGAGAACCCUUGAAUUUUUUUUUUUAAGGCUUUGCCUACCACUGUGAAGGCCCAUCAUGUCUGACAGGAAGGCUGUGAUCAAGAAUGCGGACAUGUCCGAGGACAUGCAGCAGGAUGCUGUAGAUUGUGCCACGCAGGCCAUGGAGAAGUACAACAUAGAGAAGGACAUUGCGGCGUACAUCAAAAAGGAAUUUGACAAGAAAUACAACCCCACUUGGCACUGCAUCGUGGGCAGGAAUUUCGGCAGCUACGUAACGCACGAGACGAAACACUUCAUCUAUUUCUACUUGGGCCAGGUUGCAAUUCUGCUCUUCAAGUCGGGUUAGGAGGCGGGCGACGGUGGGGCGACACGGCGCGCAAGGAACACGGACUGUUAGCGAACUGAAGGCAGGGAGCCUCCGCCUCCUUUACCAUGGCUGCACCGCUGCAUGGACUGUAUACUAUAUUUAAUGUGUAUAUGUUGCAGUAAAAAAAAAAGAGUUCUUUUUUUUGGUUUCGUUUUGGUUGCCUGGGGGAAGAAAGGCAGCAACUUCUUUUUCCCUUUCGUUUUCAAUUACUGCUUUUCUUUUCCUUUUAUUCCUUUUCUUUUUUCCUUUUGCACUAGGAGAACUGUAAAAUGCUUCAACAAUGGCCUUUAAGUGGGAAGAAGAACUAAUAAAUAAUAAUACUAAUACUAAUACUAACAAAAAAGAGAAUCUUUAAUUCCGCAACAGACAUCCUGCCGUUUUAACUUGCUUGAAAAAGUCUCGAAGCUGAACUUGAGCAGGCAGAGAGAAACACAGAAAUGAGAGUUGGGGGGGGGGUAGCAUCUGUCUAAAAGGAGGUACCCAAAGCUGUUUUGUUU